AUGCGACUCCCAUUCAUUGGCCUAUUGGUUACCUUACUUGCUUCGGUAAACGCUAGCCUCGUCCAGAAGAGAGCUGCUGUAGACGACUGUCUAGUGGCUGCCGGUGUUCCCACAGAUAUUCCAGGUUCCACAGACUGGAAAUACGACGUCGCCCCGUUCAAUCAGCGAUUUAACUACACGCCAGUAGCAAUCGUGGUACCAACGAAUGUGCAGCAUAUACAAUCGGCAGUCUCCUGUGCAGCCAAGGUUGGAGUCAAGGUCAACCCAAAGUCAGGAGGCCACAGCUAUGCGGCAUUCGGGCUAGGAGGGGAAGAUGGGCAUCUCGUGGUUGAACUCGAUCGAAUGAACGAAGUCAAGCUGGAUCCAGAGACCAACAUGUCCACGAUACAGCCCGGUGCUCGGCUUGGGCAUGUGGCUACGUCCUUGUAUGACCAGGGAAAGAGGGCAUUUAGCCACGGAACAUGUCCAGGUGUUGGCCUUGGCGGACACGCUCUUCAUGGCGGCUACGGUUUCAGCUCUCAUACGCAUGGCCUUGCGCUUGACUGGAUACAGUCUGCUACUGUGGUCCUUGCCAACGCCACAGUGGUCAACUGUUCAACUCAAGAGAACGCGGACUUGUUCUGGGCCCUGCGCGGAGCCGGGUCUUCCUUCGGAAUCGUCACUUCCCUCCAGUUCAACACCUUUGAACCGCCGCCUGUCAUGACUGUUUUCACUGCCGAAUUGCCAUGGGGAAACGCAGAGCAAGCAAUGGCAAGUUGGACAGUCCUCCAGAACUGGACACAGAACUCCAUGCCCAGCGAGAUGAAUAUGCGUGUCUUUGGGUCCAGUGUCGGCGCCCAGUUGCAGGGUUUAUAUCACGGAGAACUUUCAGCUCUCAAAACAGCCAUCGAACCAUUGAUGACUCUCCUUAACACAUCCCUCACCGAAGUAGACGAGACGGACUGGAUGGGAGGCUUUACUUCCUAUGCCUACACUGACGACGUUGACUUGAGUCACCCUUACAACGCGCAAGAGACGUUUUUCUCCAAGAGCUUGUUAACCUCAGCGCUUCCGGAAGAGGCUAUGCAGGCGGCAGUUGAUUAUUGGUUGGACAAUGCCCACUCGACAUCCCGGAUAUGGUAUGUCAUCAUUGACAUGUACGGGGGCAAGAAUGCUGCAAUUCCCAAGGUUCCCGGAGAGGAGACUUCCUACGCUCAUCGUGACAAGUUGUACCUCUACGAGUUCUAUGACCGUCAGUUUUUCGGAACCUUUCCCGCCAAUGGCUUUGACUUCCUUAACGGAUGGGUCGACGCCUUCACAACCAAUCUUGACACCACGCAGUGGGGUAUGUACAUCAACUAUGCCGACCCAACGAUGGAUCGAACGGAGGCACAGGAGAAUUAUUGGCGACAGAACCUUCCCAGGUUGCAGCGGAUUAAGGCCGACGUGGACCCCACUGAUAUUUUCUAUUACCCCCAAUCUAUCAAAGGUUCGAAUUUAGCGUAA